GAAUAAUUCUCGCGCGCUUUUCUCGGCUUCAGUUUUCCAGCCGUACGUCCUGUGCCUCUUACAAGUACGCAUAAUAGUCGUCGUUAUUAAUGAACCCACGCGCGUUCUUUUGAGGAUUUUUCGCGAGUGCUCGGCCGAAGGGUUCAAUUCGUCGACAUGAAGAACCGCCAGAGAGCCGAUGUUAAAAUGAUCAAAUACAACGUAGUUGCUGUUGCUGCUACCACCGUCGAUAAUAACAACGAUUCACGCACGUUUUUAUUUUGACUGUUUUCUCGCAAUUUUUCAAUCGAUUACUCGAUAGGAACCUUAUCGCCUUCCCCUUUAAUACAUAGUAGUCCGCAGCAGUCGCGUUUGCGAACGGAAAAUUAACAGCAUCUCGAUCGCGCAAAAAAGUAACAUAGAUUUAAGCGAAAUACGUCCCUUGACUAUUUCUCCUCGGCUUUCUGUCUUCAUAUGCUUUGCUCCAUAGAUCUUUUCGCCGAAUCGUCCGUUGCGCCGCUCUCGAAACAAUUUUUCUGUGUCAAGGCCCCAAGGUCGAUGGUGCGAUGUCGCCUCGAUCGCCCCUGAGCGAGAAAGAAAUGAAACGUACGUUAUACUUUCUUCUCUUCCAUCCGUGAACGGACCUUCGUACUCUCUUCGUUUUAUACAUUCGCGGCUUGAGUUUUUAGCUCAGUUCUCGCGCACAAUACUAGACAACGUGAGGUUAGAAAUUCUGCUGCUUACAAAGCAACGAAUUGCAAUCCACUGUAGUUUUCACUUUCGCGCGAAUCUGUUUUUUCGGCCCCGAGAGAAAUCAUGGUGGGAGGCAACAGAGGUGGUGGCCGUCGCCGAAGACGAGGUCAAAGCAAUGAUAACCCUGGUCCUGUUGUUGAGCCGAAUUCUGCAGCUAGCGAGAGGAAGGUUAAACAAAGGCGAAGGCAUCAGCAGAGAAGGAGAAUGAACGCAAGACGCCAUCACGAAUCGGUCCAACCAAUACAGCAAAUAGAACAACAAGCUGAGCAACAAGUAGCGACUCCGAGAUCGUCGAACGCCGGAACGAAUAAUUUGCCACCAUUGACGUUCCAUCAAGUGCACGGCGACAACAUCAGGCUCUGCAAUGGCAACACAAUUGCCAGGAGGCACGAGAGUUUCUGCAAAGGUGUCACAUUCAGCGCUAGACCAGUGCGCGUUGGCGAAAAGGUAUGCGUGAAAUUCCUCGAGAUCUCGGACAACUGGAGCGGCGUCAUUCGGUUCGGUUUCACCAGUAACGACCCGAUAAAUCUGCGCAACGGUCUACCGCGUUAUGCUUGUCCGGACCUCACGAACAAGCCUGGCUACUGGGCCAAGGCCCUGGCCGAGCGCUUCGCCGAGAACGACACGGUACUUUUCUACUACGUCACGUCGGCCGGCGACGUUCACUUCGGCGUCAACGGCGAGGAGAAGGGCGUGUUCUUCAGCGGCGUCGAGACGCGCAGCCCCCUCUGGGCCAUCAUCGACGUCUACGGCAACAGCACAGCCAUCGAAUUCGUCGACCCGAAUCGUCAGCAUUUCAAUAACGUCCGCCGCGGCGCGGAGCACAGCAACGAGGACAAUGCCCAGCACAGUCGGCAUUCCGCCAUCGACGACGCCAGCAAUGCGAGCCGCGAUCUGGAUCGCAUCAUCGUGCCCGCUAUGCAGAGCGUCAGCAUCCACCAUCAUCAGCCGUCGCCGCCGCAACAUCAGCAGCCGCAGCAGCCGGCUCCGAUAGUGCAACAGAUAGAGCCCGUCGUGGCCAGCGACGUCGUUGCCGAGCCACCGGCGCUCAGGUUCCAACAGUCCGGCAUGUUCUUCGCUCCUCUGCCAUUCCAUUCAACACGAGGUCGCAACAUUUGCUUCAGCAAGCAGCAAUGCGUGGCAACUCGCAGCGAUACGGAAUUCUGCCACGGAUACGCGUUCACGCACCGUCCACUCGUCCUCGGCGAGCGUCUCGUCGUUCAGAUCCUUGCCACCGAGCCCAUGUACGUCGGGGCCCUCGCUCUCGGCCUGACCUCUUGCGAUCCUGCCAAUCUCACUGCCAUGGAUCUUCCAGACGACAGCGAUCUGCUGCUCGACCGACCCGAGUACUGGGUCGUCUCCAAAGACGUCGCCUCCUCGCCCCAACCCGGCGACGAGAUCGCCUUCACGGUCACGCACUUCGGCGAGGUGCUCAUGAGCAAGAACGGCGGACCCGCCAACGUCGUCAUGCACGUCGAUCAGAGCCUGCAGCUCUGGGCCUUCGUCGACGUCUACGGCAGCACUCAGCGCGUGCGCAUGUUCUCCAGCCGUGCCCCGAGCUCGCCCACUAGGCAGCAGCGUCAAAUCGCCCCUUCGCAGGUAGCCGCCCCUGCAGUUCCCGUAACGUCGCAGCAAGUCUCGUCCAAUCACAACAACGCCUCGACCGAGUUGUCUCGCUUCUCCGAGAUGGUGCAGUUCAAGCCAGCCGUUGGUGGUGGAACCGUGCUUGUCGUUAGCCUGCCGCCUCAGAGUCCAGCGUACCCGCCAGCGCCGGUUGCGACGACCUCGCAACCCAUCUACGCGUCUGCUCACAGAAACAGCACCGCUGCAGCCACGACGGUCGCGGCGACCGACUCGGCGGCCACCUACGUCGAGCCGGUCGGCGCUCAGACCCCUGUGGCCUCCUCGCAACAGCACUUGCAGCAGUGGCGAGAAGGUCUACAGCCGACUCUCGGUCAGCUCAGCGAAUGCUCCAUCUGCUACGAGCGCAGUAUCGACUGCGUUCUCUACAUGUGCGGCCACAUGUGUAUGUGCUACACGUGUGCUUUGCAGCAAUGGCGCGGAAAGGGUGGCGGCCACUGUCCACUCUGCCGAGCCCAGAUCCGCGACGUUAUCAGAAUCUACAGAUCCUGAAGUAAUAAUCCUGAAUCGUCUUGCAAAGAAGCCGUUGAUACCGGCUAUAAACUUGAAAACAGGGUGUGCGCUCAUCUCACCCGCGUGCCAAAGUUGCGCUGAAUGUCUCUGUUCGUCAGGUUAACACCUGUUCGGUACAAAGCCUCUACGUUUUUCGCCACUCAUGGGUAACGUGGCGAAGCGGCUACUUCAGUCGAUCGAGUAACUCGUUUACGCACAAUAAAAGUAAAUGAGAUUUACUGCGAGACAUGAUUAUAUAUCUGGCUUAUAAUCGAAUUUCUUAGAUUUUCAGCUAAAUUAAAGCUCUGAGCAUUUGCAGACCUUGCUAAUAUAUCUACACAGAGUAUCAUGCUUGUACUUUUGAAUUGAUAGAGUGAUCAACUAAUAUUUCGCUAUUAAAACAGUUGUUGCAUGCCAACGUGUGCGAGUAUGUGCAUAUUGUAUUGUUAGACUUAUCACGGACUCGCACAUGCAAUGCAAACGGGACGAAAAAAGUUUUAUAAUUUACAUAUUAUAGCCAAAGAGAUUCAGCAUGAUAAUUCUUUGGGGGUUUCGCUCGUGGUCGUGUUUGAUUAUAGUUUUGUAUAAUGUGUUCUCUCGACCGACGACGAUGUCGAUAUUUUUUAUUAUUGUACGUAAAAAAAGUAUGAAUGUGUGCGUCUGCGUGUGUCUGUAACAAGUGAAAAAAAAUUAGCAAAUCAUAAAGCCAAACAUUUUUAAGAAGCGUUUCGCGCUUUCAUUCCUAUCGAGCCGGUUUAUUUUUUUUUCAACUUAAAUAUAGCCCAAAUAAGGCUCUCUUCUGCGGAAAAGGCCGUGCCUUCGAAGAAAAAAAGAAUGAUAAAAGAUUUCCAAACGCACAAUAUAGAUGUUGAUCAUAAUGCAACGAAUCAUCAUCGUAUAAACUCGCGGUUGCGCGCACUUUUUCCCAUAAAAAAAAUGAAAUAGACAAACAUAACUAAUUCUACACAAAACUUUAUAGAAAAAAAACCAAAUAUAUAUUAUAUAAUUGAUGUUAUAAAAAAUUAACGAUUAAAGUAAAAUAGUUAUAAAUUACUGGAGCUCUACCACGGUCUCAUGCAGAUUAAA